GAAAGAAAGGAUAUUUCAGAUAGAAGCAGAUACAUUUUAUUAAAGAUGAAUACUGUCCUGUUUGUUGCGUGCUUCGCGGGUAUGUUGGCUCUGGCAUCGGCCCACUUGUGCCUAAUUAGUCCGCGCCAGAGAGGAUCUAUGAUGGACUUGAACAAAAAAGGAUCCAACGACUGUAUAUUGAUGAGCGGGCCAUGUGGAGGCAGAGCUUCCGAACAACCUAUGACAUACUUAAUGGCUGGGUCGAAUACCUCUGUCAUUUUACAGAAAAAUCUUGAUCACUGGGUGCAGACUACUCCGGGUUAUUUUGCUAUAAACAUAAUGCAAGGUAACAAGCUCACGGAAAUAGGCCGGGUACAAGACAUGGGUGAAGAUGCUCUAUAUCUCUAUACAAUCAUGGGCAUGAUACCAGCAACAUUGUCAGGACCAGCGGUUCUACAGGCAUCCUAUGUGACGAUGAAUCCAAAUGCACCAGCGGCGUUUUACCAGUGUGCCGAUGUAAAAAUCAUGCCGAGAAUGAAUACUAUCCUGUCUGCAGCAUGUUUCUCGGUCGUUUUGGCCAUAGCGUCGGCUCACAUGUGCCUCAUUAGUCCACACCAGAGAGGAUCUAUGAUGGAUUUGAACAAAAAAGGGUCAAACGAUUGCAUAUUGUUGAAUUCACCAUGUGGGGGCCGACCACUCGCAAAACCAAUGAUAACAUUAAUGGCUGGGUCGAAUGCAUCUAUUAUCGUACAGAAAAAUCUUGAUCACUGGGCACAAGCAACACCAGGUUACUUUGCUGUCAGCCUUAUGCAAGGAAGCAUAACAACACAAAUAGGCCGGGUACCAGACAUGGGUGAAGCUUCUCUCACUCUCUACACAAUCAUGGGCAUGGUACCAGCAACUAUGACUGGACAGGCUGUACUGCAGGCAACCUAUGUGACGAUGAAUCCACAGGCUCCAGCGGUGUUUUACCAGUGUGCCGAUGUUACAAUCAUUGUGUAUACUUAUGCAACCGGGAAGAAAAUGACAAUGAAGAUAUUUUUUUCUACUGCUGUUGUUGUGGUCGUUUUGGAGCUGACCUCAGCUCACAUGUGCCUUUUAAGUCCCCAUCAGAGGGGCUCUAUGACUGGGUUAAACACACCAGCAUCAAAUGAUUGUAUCCUGUUGAAAGAACCAUGUGGUGGUAGACCAGGAGAGGAGCCUUUGACAACCUUAUUAGCUGGAAAGAAUAGUUCCAUUAUCUUCCAGAAGAAUCUUGAUCACUGGUUGUCAACAAGUCCAGGCUAUUUUGCUGUGAGUAUUUUAAACGGAAGUUCUGUUGUUAAGGAGAUAGCUCGGGUACCAGAUACAGGAGAAAAAGUUCUUCACCUGUACACAUUGACUGGACUUGUUCCAUCAGGAAUAAAUGGACCAGCUCAACUUCAGGUUAAAUAUGUAACAAAGAACCCAGAUGCCCCUGCAGUGUUUUAUCAGUGUGCUGAUGUAAUGAUAAAGUAAAAGAGGAAUAGAUCACAAAAACAUAUCAGAAAAUCUUGUCAUAAAAUGACAAUCGACUUUAAAAUACCUCAAUGUUUCUUAAAGCUUUUAUUAUGCAUACAUGUAUUAUAUAAUACUCAUCUACAUUCAAACAUGUUUUUAUACUCCUUUCUUCUGUUGAGAUUGUUUUUGCAAUAAAGAAGCUGUCAAACUA